AUGACGACCUUAUAUCAACAACACCACGCCCACCCUCCUCUCAGUCAUCAACACUACUCGCCAACACCUCCACAGUCACAGCAAGAUUCCCCAAUUCUUGCUGGUUCGAAACGAGCGGUGUCACACCCACCACCACCCUUUCCAGACGACCAGCUUCGAAGCAACCCCAACCUAGUCGGGCCCAACCCAUAUGAUACCCACACCGUUCACUUCGACCCUUCUCUCGCAACCAUCCCGUCCGGACAGCCGCUCCCAGUCCAGAAUCCAAACCUCAUUCCAGUCUAUCCGUCCUCGAAUGCAAACUCAACUCCCGUCAAUAUGAGCCGCAGACCAUCACAAGAUCCCUCGGCCUACCCGUACUACGAGGAUCCCGCCUGGUACGGACAGCGUCAGUCAGGUCAUCACCGGAGCCACUCUGAGGGACACCUUCCUCCCAGAUCUCAGGCCGCUCAGCCUUACUACGAUCCCAGCUAUUAUCAGAGUGUUGGGCACGUACGUCGCGGCUCUGAGGGCGGACACAAUCAACAUAGUCACUCACAUGAGCACCGACGUCACCAUAACUCUCACCACGACGAACCGUUAGACCGGCCAUCACUGGGAGAUAGCAUGUUCAUGGCUUGGGGAAUGGUCAAGAGAGUUCUUGGGGGCAAGAAGGAACACUGA